GUCGUUAUUUUGGGUCUCAUUACGCGUCUCAUUACCUAUAUACCGCGAGCAUUUUCCCGCCCGCCACGACCCCGACCAAGCUGGGAUAACCCUCACCGUUGGUGUAAGGAGAAACUUACAAAAGAUCCAAAAUACUAUGCGCGAAACUGUGGCUUUGAUAUUGUUGAAGAGCAGGUUGAAACCAAAGAUGGAUACUUUCUUCGUAUGCACCGCAUUGUGCCUCUAUAUCCUGACCAUAAAUUGUCACAGAUUGGGCAAGGCUAUCCAAUUUUAAUUAUGCACGGUCUUUUUCAGUCUUCAGGUUCUUUCAUCACCUCUGAGGACCGGAGUAUCGCUUUUUGGUUUGCACAACGUGGAUUUCAAGUCUACUUGGGAAACAAUCGUGCUGUUUUUGAUAUGGGCCACCGCCACUUUAAUCGUUACGAUCCGAAAUUCUGGGAUUUUGAUGUUAAUGACCUGGCCAUGUAUGACUUCCCGGCCAUGGUCAACUACAUUUGCGAGCAAACUGGCUACAAGAAAAUUGCCUAUAUUGGCCAUUCGCAAGGGAAUGCCAUUGCCUUCAUUGCACUUUCCAAGUGGGGCGUCCCUGAACUGGGUGAGAAGUUGUCGUAUUUCUGCGCUCUUGCACCUGCUGUCUUUAUCGGACCAUUGGGUAGGCGCUUCCCACUCAAGUAUCUUAGCAAACUGGACUGGGCUUGGUGGCAACGCGUAUUUGGUGUCUUGGAUUUCACACCGCUGAUGAAGUUCUCGUAUGACUGGACGCCAGCCACCCCCUACGCAGCAUUGGGCUAUCAAAUGUUUGCGUAUCUAUUUGAAUGGAACGAUACCCAUUGGCUUCAGCGCCGAAAGCCAAAAAUGUUCCGCUUCACGCCCCAACCCGUGUCUUCCAAGACGAUGUUUUGGUGGGCAGGUAUGAAUGGGUUCUCCACGCGAGGUCAUAUUUUUGACCCCAUGAUGACUUGGUUCGAUAAGCGAUGCCCCCCUAUCUCUCUUUAUGGUGGCGGAUCUGAUCAUCUCGUGCUACCUGUGCCUGUGAUCGAGCACUUUAAAAACCACGAACCUGAUGUCCGCCUCGUUCGAGAGAAGCUUGAGCCUGCUGCUGAGCAUUGUGACCAUUACUGGGCAGCAGAUGCUGUAGAAUGGUGCUUCAAUGAUAUACUUGGUACGUGGUUACCGCUGCCAUGA